GAUUAUUCGGGGAUUUUUCAUUAUCUUUCUAAAAAAUUCUGGAAUUAAAUUUGAUCAGAAUUUGAGUACAAUCACUCAAUAUAUUUAAAACGUUAAAGUUUGAAAAGUACAAUUUAUAAAGUGUCGCAUUUCUUUGUUAUUUUUUUAAAUGCUAAGCGAAUUGAAUUACUUCACCGUUUUCUUCCAUUUCAACUGAUCAACUAGAAAUGUAUAUACAUCACGAUUUCAUACGACAUGUAAAACGUCUUGGAUCGGAAGUAAUUUGGACAACAAAUGAUACGAAAUAUUCCAUAGCCUGGUCACUAGUACCAUGUGCUAUAUCAUUAAAUUCAUUCUUGUCUGUUUCAAAUAAUCAGUGUUUGACAAAAAAUUGGGAAGUAGCAAAGGAGCAAUAUAUUUAUGGAUUAUUGGAUAUUUUAACGAUGCUACCACUUGGCUAUGCUUCUUAUCGUAUCUAUAAAUACGGUGGAGGCUUCAUGUACAAUGAUACAAAAAUCGCAUUAGGACUUUAUGGGAUCACUUUACUGUUCUCAUUAUUUUCGCUUCCUUUCACAAAAGCGAAAAAUCGUUCUUCUCAAUUCACUCAUACUCUUUUAAUGUAUUUAGCAACACUUGGGACAACUUAUACAUUUCAUAAGAUUGAUAACAAAGCUUGUAUACUUACAAUACCAUACACUGUAUGGACCGGAUAUUAUACACUGCUUGCAUAUGCGAUGAAGUGAAACGAAAUAUAAGUGAUAAGAGAUAAAGUGAAUAUCGUACCUUUCAAAUGUUGCUUCUAGCACUUCCUUUUAUUAUUCCUUCCUCUCUUCUUUCUUCUUUACCAAAUAACUUUUCAACAGAUAUUCAAAUUUGAUUUGCAAGGAGAACAUCUAGUUAUUCGGGAAUUCCUGACAAGAUAAGUUACACAAAUUGUGAAUAAUCAAGCGUUGCUUCCAAUCAUUUUGCAUUUAAUAAGAAAUUGUCCUUUUUUAUUGAAAUCCUGUUUUCUGCUUAGUUGUGAUGGAAACAUCGCCUUGUCAAUAUUUUCAUAUAGACAAUCAAUUCCUUCGGACUUUUCCGUAGAAUCAGUGAAUGCUAUAAUUGCGUUACAAAUGUUGUUCCAUAUAUCAUUGAAAAUUAUUUGGUGCUAAUCUAAACACAUAGAUCAUAUAAAUAUCCUAUCGAUUCAGAACACCACAAAAACGGGUUGAACAAAAGCACCAGUAGCUUUUCUAAUAAAGGGAUGCAGUUUUCGUUGCGACUCCAUAUCCAAACAAACUAACCACUUCAAGAAAGUAUGGUACAUGGC